CUUUUCUCCCCACUAGCUACGGCCCUGGAUACAGUCUAGAAAGAUUCAUACAAUCAGCUUCUGUCAAAAGAAGUGUUCAGUGUAACCAAGUGAAUGAGUGUGAGUAAUUUAAACAUCUGGGGACAAUUUGUGAGAUGAGGUCACUGAGGUGAGUGAACAAACAAGAUAGCAUCGGGUCGUAUCGGAGGUCGCUUCACGCCUGGGGCGGAGAAAAUGUAACUUUUUUUCACACCUUCCACCCCUCUCCGCUAGAGGGAGCGCGUUUCCCUGGGCAGUCGGCUUCAAUGAAAGCAACACAAAACCCUCUGUAAGGAGAGCAGGCAGACGGUAUUCCUGACCAAAAUAUUCUUCUUUAUCACACAUUUCACCCUUUAUUCUCUGUUCUCAUAAAGCGGAAUACAGUGACAUGAGAGCAUGGAUCGAUAAUCGCAUUUGAAACCCAUCACUUCAUGGAAUAUUUGCGUUGAUAUAGAAGAUUCUUGGGAACUCCGAAGGAAGGCAAGGAAAGAAAGAAAGGGAUAAACAAAAAAAUUCAGCUGGCGGGUGAAAGAGGCGAGAACCCCGUUCUGGAGGGGCAUCUGGGGACCCCCUGCGCUGGAUGACCGCUGCUCGCUUCUCCCCGGCGGUCCGCAAUGGGGGAGACUAAAGUUAUCUACCAUCUCGACGACCAGGAAACUCCAUACCUGGUUAAACUGCCCAUCCCUGCCGAAAGGGUCACCCUUUUGGACCUGAAAAAUGCUCUCAAGAAGCCCAACUACAAGUUUUUCUUUAAAUCUAUGGACGAUGACUUUGGGGUGGUCAAGGAGGAAAUCACCGACGACAAUGCAAAGCUUCCCUGUUAUAACGGGCGUGUGAUUUGCUGGCUGGUGUCAUCAGAUGGCUCCCACUCAGAUGGAUGUUCAGUGGCUGAGAGUCAAUCCGAGCGGCCACCGUCUCACGAGAGAAGCCAAGGCAUUGGAGAUUCCAGACCCCCGUCCUUCCAUCCAAAAGCUGUAGGCAGCCAGCAUGGAGUGGAUGAUGACACAGAGACUGAUUCAGUGGUGUCACACAGGAGGGAGAGAUCAGACAGAUCACGCAGGAAACACUCACAUGAUCACUCGGGAGCACGAUCGAAUGGCUACUCUCGUGGAGGCAAAGGAAUGGAUCUGGGAGGUUUUGACAUCUGUGACAGCCGUUCUUCUCUCAUGAGCAGUGAACUGGAAUCAAGCAGCUGUUUUGACUCGGAUGACGUCUCCACCAGCCGUUUUAGCAGUGUUACAGAGCAAAGUGGCUCAUCUCGGCUAAUGAGACGGCAUCGGCGCCGGAGACGCAAACCUAAAGCCCAACAAAUGGAGAGGUCUUCAUCUUUCAGUAGCAUCACUGACUCCACCAUGUCACUGAAUAUCAUCACUGUCACUUUAAAUAUGGAGAAGUAUAACUUUCUGGGCAUCAGUAUUGUGGGUCAGAGUAAUGAACGGGGUGAUGGAGGCAUCUACAUCGGAUCCAUAAUGAAGGGUGGAGCGGUAGCAGCUGACGGACGCAUCGAGCCUGGUGACAUGCUGCUUCAGGUGAAUGACAUCAACUUUGAGAACAUGUGCAAUGAUGAUGCUGUACGCGUGCUGAGGGAGAUUGUGCACAAGCCUGGACCUGUCUCGCUCACUGUAGCCAAGUGCUGGGACCCAAACCCGAACAGCUGCUUCGCCUUACCCAGGAGUGAGCCCAUCCGGCCCAUUGACCCUGCAGCAUGGGUGUCCCAUACAGCAGCCAUGACGGGCGUUUACCCCCCCUAUGGCAUGAGCCCUUCCAUGAGCACCGUCACCUCCACCAGCUCCUCCAUCUCCAGCUCCAUCCCAGAGACUGAGAGAUUUGAUGACUACCACCUGUCCGUCCACAGCGACAUGGCAACAGUUGCAAAAGCGAUGGCCUGCCCAGACUCAGGACUAGAAGUUCGAGACAGGAUGUGGUUGAAGAUCACUAUAGCCAAUGCUUUCAUAGGUUCAGAUGUGGUCGACUGGCUGUUUCAUCAUGUGGAAGGGUUUGCAGAUCGCCGUGAAGCGCGCAAGUACGCCAGCAACCUGCUGAAGGCCGGCUUCAUCCGCCACACUGUCAACAAAAUCACCUUCUCUGAACAGUGCUACUACAUAUUUGGAGACCUUUCUGGCAAUAUGGCCCACCUCUCUCUGCAUGACCACGAUGGGUCGAGCGGGGCAUCUGAUCAGGACACUCUAGCGCCAUUACUGCACCCAACUGAAGCUCCCUGGCCUACAGCGUUCCCUUACCAGUACCCCACAACACAUUCCCACCCGGAGCCAGCUCACAGCUACUCUGAAGCAGGUGGAGGCAGUGCAGGCAGCCAGCACAGUGAAGAGAGCAGUGGUUCAAACUGCAGUUGGAGCCGGACUGAGGGGAAAACAGCAACUGGAGACUUCAGGUUGGGAGGGGGCAGCGAGAUGGGCGACGCACUUGAAUUUGACUUCCGCAAAGACAGAGCUCCUAGUGAGCGCUCGGUGGCGCCCCCCAGCGAGGGCAGCGUGCGGAGCUCACGAUCUCACAGCUACAGCCUGAAACAGGGAUCAACACGAGGGGCUCCGGGGUCCCCAUCCGGCCGCCAUCUUGCCAACAUUCCCCCCGAACUCACCGGUUCGCGCCGCUCUUGCAACACAGCCAAUGGGGAAUUCUUUGUCGACAUCAUGUGACUGUGUGUGACUGUUUAGAGCAGAAGUGCCCAAAUAUUUUUUGCCUUAUGGAUUACAAUAAACUGACCUACUAGUGCAAGCAAUUAGAAUUAGGAUUAGAGCUGAUCGAGAGAUCAGUAGCUUGUGAGCCCCAACAUUAUUUAGGUCUUAGAAAUUAGUAUACUAAAAGCAUAAGCAACAUCAGUUCUUGCAUUCUGUCUCUGAAGAUGAUGUCAUUAUUUACUCACCCUCAUGUUCUUCCGCAUGACUUUCUUCUGUGGAACACAAAAGAAAAUGUCACCAUUCACUUUCAUUGCAUCUUUUUUUCACUGAAAGUGAAUGGUGACUGAGGCUGUCAUUCUGCUGUAACAGAAGAAAGUAAGCCAUACGAGUUUGAAACAACAUGAGGGUGGAUAAAUAAUUUAUUUUGGAUGAACUGUCCCUUUUUUACGAAAUCACUUCAAAAUAGCAAUGUAUCGUUGGAGAAAAUGGAAAGAUAUCCUUUUAUUGACAAAAAAAGGAGACGUUUUGUGGGUAAAUAGCAAUAAUUCAAUAGGAUUUAGUUAAAAAUACUACAGUAUAUGGGAGUGAGGAUUCAAGGUGAAUGUAGUCCAACCAAGGGCAUAAAUGUUACAUUUUGAAGAGAAAUUUGUGUUGUACUCUGCCAUUUUAAUGCAUAUUAGGAGGGUCGUAACUUCUUUUUUUUUUUUUUUUUUUUUUUGCCCGUUUUUAAAUUUUUACUCAGUAAAUUUCUCAUGCAGACAUUUCAUUAUUCAUGGAAAUUGUAUUUACUGAGAAUAUAUUUUUCAGUGUUUGUCAGCAAUAUUGUAUUGGGAGAAUUUUUGAAGUACCAUGUUAGGAGAUGUUCUUUUUUUUUCUUUUUAUAAAUAUAGUUUUAUUGUGACAAGCUUGGAGUAUCCUUGCGUUUGUGUGUUUUUGGUAAAUCUGUUCAAAUAAGGUUCCAGGAUUAAGAAUGUGUGAAGGAAUGUGAAAGUUCUCAAUCAAUCUGGAAUCCAGAUGUUUCUGGGUUUGUCCACAUCUUCUUCCAUUGUUUGUUGGCCAAUAUUGACAUUCACCAACCUUUCUAAAUAUAAUUUCUUGAGCUUAAAAUGGCAAUCUGCCAAGUAUUGUUUUGGGAAGAAACGGAGUAGCCACUGCAUGCUAAUAUUGCCUGUAGAAUGUUGUAGAAUAACAUUAAGUUACAGGUUUAUAUUAAGGUUAAGGAUUGAACAUAGAUUUUUUUUAGCAUAUUCCCUAGAAUAUCAAGUGGACAAUUCAUUCCAUUGAAACAAAGAUAAUCAACUAAGGAGCUUCACCUAGAAGAACUGUAAUGGGGCUUUCACAUGAUUUGUAUCAAUAUUACAAUAUUUAUUGGUGAAAACAAUGUUGACCAACAUAUAAACAAUAGAAAACAAUAAACCAACAAUCCAUGUGGAUUAUUCUAUAAAUCAUCACAUACUGUAACGGUGAAAUUUCUUUAUAGCUGGUGCGCCGAGGUAACGGAGUGAGGGGCAGCUAAUAGAGAGCGAGAAAUGGAGAGUUAUAAAGAUCGGAAGGACGAGUUUAAAUGAUUUGGAGUAACUAUUCACAGAUAAUUUAUGGUGUAGGAUUUGAAAACCCAGCACAACUAAAAUGUCAAUGUGUGUGUGUGUGUUACACACACAAAAAACACUUCACUGAAAUCACAAUACACUACUGUUAUGUGUUUGUGUUUAUUUCCAGGUGCAAUAAGUCAUUUUUAGUGGUGUUUGGUAAGGCAAGCAUCACUAUUACUCAAAUCUAAACUUUGGACUAAACUUUUUAGACUUUGGGAUCUAAACAAAGCUUACGGACA